AUGAAGGCAAGCAAAAACAAGCGCAUCAAGAGGACGCUUGAUUUUUAUCGGCAGCUCUACAACCUCACGGAGCCUUACCGCGUUCUAGUGGAUGGUUCAUUUGCGUAUGCCGCGCUGAAACACCGCAUCCAUGUCAAGGAUAAAAUAACAGAGCUUCUUGGUGGCACGACUCACACUUAUGUUACCAACUGCAUCCUGGAUGAACUUCGUGACAUGGGGGAGGAGAUGUCCGGAGCUAGUUUGUCCUUGAAGCGGUAUCAGAGGCUUAACUGCACGCAUGGAUCGAGUGACAAGGGUGCCAAUUCGCGUCGUUGCAUUACAAGUGCGGUGUCAGCCGGCAACUCACAGAAGUUGUUUGUGGCCACUCAGGACCAGACUUUGAUCGGCUGGUUGCGCAAGUCUGGUGAUGUGCCUAUCGUGAAGCUCAACAACAAUGUGAUGUUUCUCGAGCACCCUGCGAAGAGCUCCAAAGAAUACAAGGAAUUCGUUGAAAAGGGUAAACUACUUCCCAAAGAUUGGGAGAAGGCGUAUUUGCCCGUGAUGUCGGAUACCAGUGCUGCACCUGUAAAGCGGAAAAAGGAAAAGACCAAAAACCCCAACCCGCUAAGCUGUUUGAAACCCAAACGAAAGGCGUCAAAAGAUCAGCAAAAACCUACAACUACCAUCGCAGAUGCAUCUACAGAGAAAGAGGAACCUCGGAAACGAAAGCGCCGACGCAAGGCUAAGUCGAGUACUGAAACUUCGGAGUCUGGACCUUUACCACCUGACAGCUCUUAG